GCAACUGUAAUUCAGUAUCGCACAAACAACAUUAACGGUAACAUCAACAAAACGAAAGCGAGCGGAUAUAUUCGGAAAUUCGAAAGACCAUAUUUUUUUAACUUUGUGGGGAACAGAACAGACAAAAUUAGAAUCGCACUAGAAGUACUAGAUGGUGAUUAUGAUGAUGAUGAUGAGGACGAGGGCGAAUACGAAGAAGAGUUAAUCUAAACAAAAUAUACAUUUGAAUGCACCACACACACAGAGGCACUAUACUCUGAGUGUGUGAGAGAGAGAGGCAGAGGGGCCAAAUAACAAACAGUAUUUGCCGCUCUAUUUGAACAGAAUAAAACCAAAACAAAAAAAAAAAACACAACAACUUUGUUCGUCCAUAUGUUUUUGUUGGUUCGGGCAUGAUGAUGAUGAUGAUAUUGUUGUCGUCGUCGGCGGCUAUGGUAUAGAAUAGUGCAUUACAGUCUCUGUGUGUAUAUAGGUGUGCGUGUGUUUGUGCCCCAAAGUGUGAGUGAACUUUAGUGCGUUAGGUGAAUACAAACAACAGCAAAAACAAUAACGAAAACGGGCAAACCCAACAGCUCUCGUCCAGUGACAACAAAGGCAGCCAGGCCACCUAUUUGGGCUCUUUGUUGUGUUCUUUUUUAGUUUUUUGUUUUAAAUUCGGUUAAGUUUCGUAUCUCUACCACGGGAUUUUGUGCGGAAUCGAAAUAAAAAAUCGGGAAAUAACAUUACACCGUGAAAAAUAAAUCCAGAUGAGGAGAAUCGAGGAAUUGCAAAACGAAUGCAAAUUUUAAGAAUUUCGGAAAUAGAAAACAAAUUGAGAUUUCGAAGGAGAAAAUCUGGGGUUUGAAUGGCACAAGUGGAUGAUAAUACGACCCAUAGCAAUUGCAAUAUUUCUCGGCCGUUGUAAAAAAAUAUUUAUUUUUUCAAAAUAAAAUUUUCAAAAUAAUAUUCAAAAUCUAAAAAAGUGAUUCUCUAGAAAAAUUUUCAAAAAAAAAAAAAAAAAAAAUUGUGUGUGAUUUCAAAAUUCUGCCCCAGUCAAGCAGGCAUAAAAGUGAAACUUUUUUAAAAAAAAAAUUGUUAAUCAAAAAUUUCGAAUCCAAACUUUAGUGCGUGUUUGGAAUACUCUGUUCUGAUUUUAAAACGUAUGCAUGACAGAAGAAAACCCUGUUUGCCACAACUGGCUACAGAAAUGUCCACGAUGAUAUUGCAUGUGCCACAGUCCUCUCCACACCACUAAGCUAAUUUAGGAAAAUUCCAUGCGAGUGGACACAAUAAAUGCUUGAAUGACAACAAAAAAACGGUAAAUGUCACAAUCACCGUUAUAACAAUAAAAAACAACAAAAGGACCAACUAACACCAUCAUCCACAGAAAGGAGAAAAACCCCACAUCCAAAGGAAAACAUUUACACCAGAAAACACAAACAACACAUGAAGCAGUCAUUGACAUAAAAAUAAACAAACGUCGUAUAAAAAAUAAAAAAAAAAACAUAAAAGAAAUCAUUGACUCUCCUCCCUCAUCACAAAUGUUCUCCCACACAUAAAAACAAAAACCUCAACAACAACAAAAAAUUGCAAAGCAAUGCGUUUUCCCAAAAAUACCACAAAUGUCUUUCUGAAAAGUUUUGCCGGUUUUUCUACCAACUAACGAACGGUUCGGUUUUACAUGCUCCCAAGCACACACACACAUAGAAGUACUCUCAAACACAAGGGAGCCAUUGCAAAAUAUAGGGGUGUGAGAGCGGAAACAGAGGAAUGCAAUAAAAACAAACAUCAACACUUAUCUGGUGGCGCGUUGCAAGCAAGUGUGUGUAAGUGUCGACGUCGUCGUCGUUAUAUUAUUGUUUGGAGCAUUUUUACCGUUACUUCAAACAUUUCAAAUGUGAAAUAACAAUGCAAUCUGAUAAAGUUCUCUAUCUUAAUUAUUCUAAAAUUUAAAAAAAAAUCUUAAUUUGUGCAAAAUUUAAAAAAAGAAAUUUAACAAGAAAAGAAAGUUUCAAUAGAAUAGUUUGAAUCUCUAAAACCGAAAGUGAAAAUGAUUUGAAAAGAAAAAAAAAAAAAAAAAAUAAACAAUAAAAAGAAAACCAGCUAACAAAGAGAAAAUUUCCAAAUUAAAAAAGUUUAUAUUUUAAAGUGUUUGGGACCAAACCAAAAAAAAAAAAAGAGAAAACCAAAAAAGUUAUUUGAAUUGAAAAGUUACAACCAAAGAAACCAAACAGACUAAACUUCAACAUCAAUAUUAUUAUCAAAAAUAACAGCAGCAGAAAAAGGAACCUUACGGAACACCAGCAGAAUAAAUAAGACAGCAACAAAUAAUGUACGUGAAAUAAAAAAAGACAACUUGUGAUAACGCCGUAAUAAUUUAAGCUAGGGGCCGUUGACGUACUCAGUUAACAUUUUAUUCUGAGAUGUCAAUGCAAAAAUUAACCGAUGCCACAAAUUCCGGUUAUGUUAGCUCAGAAGAAACAGAUUCACUACUAGUCUCGCAAACACCCAAAUGCAAGUCUUCGGUAUUAAGACAACUCAAAAUGAAUUCAGCUAAUGGACCAACAACGAAUAACAUGACUUCCACAGCGUCACAGAAGCCCACACUGAUACGACAGGAUCGCACUUCCACAUAUCUAACGAGUCCCCAACUGUCGCAGCAAACCCGUUUGGGUUCGGAUGACAGCGAUCGCGAUGGUGGCGGAAGUUGUCGCAUAGCCGACGAAGAUGUCGAGCAGGGGCUUCGGACGGCCACAGUGCCUGACAUAGAAGUGUAUCAAGAGGACCAAGAUUACAAUCAGAAUCAGAAUCAAAAUCAUCAGCAACAGCAGUUGUCUUCAUCUGCGCCCACAACCUCCAUACAAACACAACAACAUCAGCAGCAGCAACAACAACAACAGCCAACUAGCAAGCUGCAACAACAACCAACCAUAUCAAUAACGAAUUUAAACAACUCGUAUCCGGACAACAAUGCGAGCACCACCAACUUGGGAACAUCCUCAUAUCAGAAUCUUUCAUCCAAUCCAUUGUCUCCGAGUGCCCAAAAUCGUUGUCGUGCCUGCAGAAACUGCAGCCGACGUGCCUCAACCACACCCAUAUCGACCACAGGUCACAUGGAUCGUUCAACGUCACGCGAUAGUGUCAAAAGUGCCUUUCAACAAGGAAAUCUGGGUGGUUCCCUCGUCGUCUAUGGCGGCUCGAAUAAUGCCCUGCCUCACAAUGUGCCCCCGGUUUUGGUAACCUCCUCGCCCACAAAUGGUUCGCGUAUCAUACGCCAAAGUUCCCAGCCAGAAUCGAGCACAAGUGGUGUUUGCUGCGGGGCCCACAGCACCUGCGGUCAUUCUCAUACCGUGCCUAAUGUCUCUCUCAAACAGUUGCGCUCCACAGAAACUGAUGGCAUAGCUGGUAUUGCGGCCGAUUCGUUGCGUAUCAACGGAGGCAUGAGACCCUUCAAACAGGGUGUCCUACUAAUGCCUCGUACAUUGUCCGAAAGCCGAAAAUUGCGACUUAGAAGAGCUUUUACUGAGGCCACACAUGAAUCACUGCAAUGCUCGAAAAUGCUCCGCAAACCAGCAUCCACUCUCUCAAUUCCUGGCUCGAUGAAAACACCUUCCAUUGCGAAUCGGGAACAGAUCUCAUCAGGAUGCAACGAAGAAGCAGCAGAGGCGUUAGUUGGCAUAAAUACCGACUACCCAAGGUAUGAAAUGUAUAUGGAGGAACGUGCUUUAACUGGCGGUAAUACAUCCCGGAAGCCCUCAACAAACUCCGCUAAACACAAACCCAAUGUCGGUUAUCGACUUGGGAAACGUAAAGCUUUAUUCGAAAAGCGAAAACGUAUCAGUGAUUACGCUCUAGUCAUGGGCAUGUUUGGAAUUGUUGUGAUGGUUAUCGAGAAUGAAUUAAGCAGCGCUGGUGUUUACACAAAGGCAUCCUUUUAUUCAACGGCGCUUAAAACAUUAAUAUCGGUUUCGACUGUGAUUCUUUUAGGUCUUAUUAUAGCUUAUCAUGCUUUGGAAGUGCAGGUGAGACUAUUUAUGAUAGAUAACUGUGCCGACGAUUGGAGAAUCGCUAUGACAUGGCAACGAAUUAGUCAAAUAGGUUUAGAACUUUUUAUAUGUGCUAUACAUCCAAUUCCUGGUGAAUAUUAUUUUCAAUGGACAACAAAAUUGGCGAACAAAAACAAAACAAUGGGCACCGAAAUGGUGCCGUACGACGUAGCUUUAUCAUUACCCAUGUUCCUUCGUUUAUAUUUAAUAUGUCGUGUAAUGCUUUUACAUUCAAAACUAUUUACGGAUGCCUCAUCACGGAGCAUAGGUGCUCUAAAUAGGAUAAAUUUCAAUACAAGAUUUGUCCUUAAAACUCUAAUGACAAUAUGUCCUGGUACGGUGUUACUAGUGUUCAUGGUCUCCCUAUGGAUCAUCGCAUCAUGGACGUUGCGACAAUGUGAACGGUUUCAUGAUGAAGAACAUGCAAAUCUGCUGAACGCUAUGUGGCUGAUAGCAAUAACAUUUUUAAGUGUUGGUUUUGGUGAUAUUGUACCGAAUACAUACUGUGGACGCGGUAUUGCCGUUAGUACAGGAAUCAUGGGUGCCGGUUGUACGGCUCUUCUAGUGGCGGUCGUAUCCAGAAAAUUGGAAUUGACAAGAGCAGAAAAGCAUGUGCACAACUUUAUGAUGGAUACUCAGUUAACAAAAAGGCUGAAAAAUGCUGCGGCGAAUGUUCUUCGUGAAACUUGGCUCAUUUACAAACAUACAAGACUAGUAAAACGGGUUAAUCCCGGACGUGUAAGAACCCACCAAAGAAAGUUCCUUCUAGCAAUUUAUGCGUUACGUAAAGUUAAAAUGGAUCAACGCAAAUUAAUGGAUAAUGCCAAUACAAUAACCGAUAUGGCCAAGACUCAAAAUACUGUGUAUGAAAUAAUAUCGGACAUGUCCAGUCGACAGGAUGCCAUUGAAGAACGUUUGACCAAUCUGGAGGAUAAAUUACAAGCCUUACAAGAUCACAUGGAAAGUUUGCCAGAGAUAAUAACAAGAUGUUUGAGCCAACAUCAGGAACGGGUAGAGCAACGUAAAAAUUUCUUACAUCCAGAUACGGCAGCGGCCCAAUCAUUGCAACCGCCACACACACCGACGCCGAUGUUCAAUGCGCCAUCAAUGCAGUUUCCACAUUCAAGACCAAACUGCUUUUUGCAUAGAAGUGUUCCCUCAUCCAAUAAUGUUGCUGCUACUACAUACCAUUGGCCAACAAGUCCUAUUUUGCCACCUAUUUCAAGUAGAACACCACAUUUAGUGCCUGACACUCAUAUGUCAUCUAAUGGAUCUGCAGUUAAUAAUUACACAUCUUCCAAUAAGUAUGGCAGCUGAAUAGAAGACAACCGCUCCACAACUAGUUGUAGCAAUGCCAACGCUCACACCGCCAAUCACCAACAACAACACCACCAGCAAACGAAUGCCAGUGCUGCCAAGGCGAGCAGUGUCUCAACACUACCACCACCUACGAACACACGACGAAGGACCUCCAUAGCCGCCAUU